UGCCGAAGGUCAGCAGGAUAUAGUCGACCACUCAUAGCUACCAACUUGCACAUCCGUACAUGUGGAGAUUCAAACAAGCCCUUGAUUUUGUCAAGCGACAGCCAUGCCUUCUGCAACCCAGCCCGCAAAACCAUUCCCGGUGUUCUUCAUAGGUCAUGCUGGAGUGACACUCUUGUUUGAGGAACAGCGCAGUUUCGAUACUAUCCGAAAUAACUUACGUGAGAUUGGCAAGGAAAUACUCGCUCUCAAACCACGCCCCAAGGCGAUCGUUGUAUUUAGUGGGCAUUUUGAAGCCGGUGAGAUUCAUGGUCCAGGUGUGAUUGAAGUCAACGUCAAGAAGAAUACGUACAUACUGCAUGAUUUCGUGAACGACUUCCAUGACUCAAAACCGUUUGUAUAUGAAUACGAGUGGCCUCAUGAAGAUGCUCCCGAGCUCGCCAAAGGUAUCUGGCAGCACCUGAAGGACUCUAGUAUCAAGACCAAGCGGGUGCAGCGCGGCGUUGACCACGGUGUCUGGGUUCCUUUCAAGGUCAUGUUCCCUGAAGAUGACCCGCUGGAUGUGCCUAUCAUACAGGUCUCGACGUUUCACGGGUAUGAUCUAGAGAGUCAGAUUCGACUUGGAGAAUUGUUCAAUUGUUUGCAGACACGAAUACGUAAUAAUUGGUUCAGGAAUGGCCGUGCAUUCGUUUACUUCGAGGGAGGAAAUUCAACAAGCAUCAACAGAAGAGGAGAAGAAGGCGGUCGCAGCCCAGGUCCUUCAAGAAUCGAUGACUUUUGAUGAAGCGCUCCGUGAUGCGGUGGCCAAGGUCAGCCCGGAAAAGCGUAAGGCCGCAAUGCUAGAGUUGGAGUCUCUGCCUGAAUUCCGUCGGUCGCAUCCAACAGUAGAGCAUUUUACACCGCUAUUAGUCGCUGCGGGUGCUGCUGGUGAUGCGCAAGUGGAACCACUUGGGGAGAACAUAGUCGAAGCGGGAUUCUCAUAUCUCAACCUACGGUUUACAUGAAUUGGCAUUUCCUCGAAUAUGAUACGAAUAGCAUAAUAUAUCUAUGCAUUUA